GGCCCCCCACUGCCGUCAAUGCAUAAUCACCAUCGUCGUCCAUUUCCUCCUCUUGUUCACCAAAAGAAAACUUAAGCUUUCUUUUUGAAAUAUCAAAGUUUAUACCUUUUGUAAAAGAAAAUUAAAGGACAGAUGUGGAAAAAAAAAAAGGAAGAGCUCUGGCUCUGUCACCGUGUCAUGUGGUCUAAACUCUCAAAGACAUUCGUUUCUUUCCUUCACAGCUUUUCUCUCUCUCUCUCUCUCUCUCUGUCCUUCCAACUCUGAUUCUCUUUAACCGAAAAACAGAACCCCAAGCUCUCACGAUUUCUAACAUCUUUCCUUUCGGACAUAACCCAACCCUCUCUCCUUCUCCUUCUCCUUCUCCCCGAAUCUUUGUCUGGAAAUCUUUCUUUUUCCCCAAACAAAAAUAUAGAAAAACCCAACCAAAAAGAAGUUAAACCCAACGAAUAGGAAAAAGAGAAAGUAAAAGAAAAAGAAAAACUUCAAGAUCUCAUUGAAAACCCAUUUCAGAACUAAUCGAAAAAAUGCUAAUUUGAAGCUUAAAAAGAUGGCCUGUCCCAAAAACUCAUUCUUGUACAACGGCAGCCACUGUGCCUGCCAAGUUGGCCACUUUCUCAACCUUUCAGCCAACAGCUGCACUCUCUAUGGUGGCAGCUCAGUUAUACAAACUGAUUCCGGGAUUGAUUACUAUGCGGUGUCGCUUCCUCAGACCAUUUUCUCAUUUGAUUCAAUCAAGAAGUUUACUCAGUCUCAAGCUGUGUUCCUGGAAGCUACUGUUGUAAUGUUGCUGUCUUGGCUCGUGUUUUGCUUCUUCUUAAGGUUUACAAAGCUAGGUGAUGGGAGAAAUGUUUGGUUUAGGAUCAGAUGGUGGAUUAGUCGCUUGGAUGUUUGCUUUGCUACCAGGCAUUGGCUGGAUGAUCAGAAGUUGGUUGUGAAACGGAAAACAGAACUUGGUGGAACUUUCUCCAUUGCAAGCUGGAUACUUUUCACUGGGUUGUUUGCUGCGUUGCUUUACCAAAUCAUAGAAAAGAGAUCCAUUGAAGUGCAUAAUGUGAAAGCGACAAAUGCACCUGACCUAGCCUCCUUCAGGAAUGACAUGGAAUUUAAUAUGACCACUAUUUCUAGUAUGAGCUGCUCAAACUUGCAACGCCCUACUACCUUACUUACUGGGAGUUCUGGCUUCAUUGAAGGAAAAGUUUCCCCUCUUUCAAAUUUUCUAAACUUUUCGUGUCACAACAGAAGCUUGGGGCCAACCAUAACUCUCAAGUGCAGCAAUUGCCGACUCACUCAAGAUUUUAUGUCCAUUUCAUGGCAGUUUGUUGAUCUUCCAAACAGUCCUGCAAGUGCUGUUGGUUUUCAGUUCAAUGUAACUGCAAAAGAUCAUUCUGGGAGAGGGCAUGUAAGUUAUGUUAGUGGAACAUUGAAGAAUGGAAGCAAUUUUGAUAAUACACCAGUUACAUUCAGAGGAGUGGACACAAACAUAUUGAUAUUCAAUUUAUUUCCUCGCGUAUACCGCAGUGCAAAUGAUCUGAGGCUAAUCCAGCCUCUGUUUCAUGAAUUUGUUCCGGGUUCAAUUUUGAGUGAGACCUCUCAGCUCCAGGCAUCACUUGAGAGUGCUAGUAAUGGACAAAUCAACACCACAUUAUAUAUCAACUAUCUGUCUUCCUACAUCAUUGAGAUUGAACGUCAAAAUAUUAUCGGUGCUGUGGGCUUCCUUGCAGAUCUUGGUGGGCUAUAUUGCAUUAGUAUGGGGAUAUUUCUCUAUCUCUUGGUGCAAUGUGAAUACAGAAUAAAAAAGCUCCGCAAUGAAGAUAGCAUUUUACGGAGGAUCAGAAAUAGAAGAAAAGCUCAAGAACGUUGGGAUAAAGUGAGAAAAUAUGUCAUGUACACGUGGGGUUGCAGUGCAUUGGAUAAUGACAACCACUCUAAAGAGGUAUCGGGCUGUGGUAGUUUCAUAAUUUCAUCGACCCAUGGUAAUGGAUCAAUUCGUGAAGGUGGGUCAUCGAGGAAGCGAAGGCAUCUAAGUAAUAUGGAUAUAAAUUUUAGCAAGCAAGCCAGCGUACCUAGUGAGAAGAAUACCAAUCUAGAACAGCUGUGUAGUCAAGAAGUAAUAUCUUGUAAGGCAGGAUCAAUGUCAAGCCCUGAAGGGAGGUUCUAUUCAAGAAGUGAACCUCCCCUCAAACGUGAUAUACCUGGAUCUACAAAGGACCAGAGGAGACAUUUUAUUGGUUCAAAUGAUGCAGUUGCUGUCCCACAUCAAGCAGUUUCUCUUGGUGAUGAUGUAAUUCCUGCACCACCACCACUAGAAUUCAAGUCUGGUUCUCAGAUUGAGUUGUCCGAUAUAGAGAAGAAUUUUCAACGUCUGUAUGACUACAAUGUCAUGCUCAGAGAGAAGUUUGUAGCCACUCAAUCUUUGCUUCGUGCUUUGGCUUCUAAGUCCUCAAACAUCCAAGAACAGAAAGGCAAACAUGACAAGCUGAGAUUAUCCAAUUGAAAGAUUUUCUCCUCAUCGCCCAAGAGUUUAUGGGGCUUUCUUCAGAAGUUUUUCCCAUCGAAGUGUAAGGGUGAUGUAGCUGUGAUCCUACAUCUUCAGCUUUGGUCUCUUCUGGCUCAACUAACUCUACUCAAGACCACUGCCGCCGGGAAAAAGGGACAACAGAUCCAAGGAACAGCUCUCUUAAUUUCAUUUUGGUGGUGACAUGGUUGCAGUAUGUUGCUUUCUUAUGGAGUCUUAACGCCGCAGGAGAUGCUCUUUGGACCCAUGGUACCCAGGUCUUUCUGUUGUAAUUUUUGUAUCAUAAACUGAAAGGAGAAUACAAGAGGGUUACUCAUUUCAUUCAAAAAGGGCUUGAGCUGUAAUCAAUUUCCAUUUCCAUAUUAUUUUGUGGAUA